CCUGGGCUUGGAUGCACUGUAGCAUGCCUUCAAUUGCGUGUCCCUGCCUUGGCCGGUUGGUCUCUUCAUCGAAUAAUCAGAGAGAGAAGAGAGAGAGAUUUAAUUAUCCAAUCGGCAAAGACGUUUCUUAUUCAAGGAAACAGCUUUUACAAGAAACCUCUCCCUUUCUUUUCCUUAGAAGCUAGAUUCUGCAAUAACCCUCACUCUCGUCUUUAUGCACAAAAGGCUUAUACAAUUAAAAUUCUAACCUUGCAACACCACAGAAUUGGGAUUUGCACAGAGAGAGAGAGAGAGACGAAGACAGGUGAUUUUGUUUGCAUAUGGCCAACCUUGGUGGAGAACAUGAAUGGAUAGAGAGAGUCAAAUCUGAAGGUGCUGUUCCACUUCUUGACCCAGAUGAUUGUCCAAAUGGUUGGGCUUCUCCUUCAGGAAACAUUUUCAUGGUCAGAGGGCCUGAGUACUUUACAACAAGGGUUAAAAUUCCCGGGGGUGAUUAUCUUCUGAAACCUCUUGGUUUUGACUGGAUUAAGGGUCCUACAAAAAGUUUUGAGCUGUUAAGUAAUCCAAAAAAUCGUGUUAGGAGGGCUGUUGAGGACGAAUUUUCUACAGGUGAUAAGCCUUUUGUUUGGGCUUUCAACCUACAAGUCCCAAGUAAGGAUAAUUAUAGUGCUGUUGCAUAUUUUGUAGCUACGGAGCCUGUCCCAGAGGGUUCUUUGAUGGACCAGUUUUUGAAAGGGGAUGACGGGUUUAGGAAUUCACGGCUCAAACUGAUAGCUAACAUUGUCAAAGGACCUUGGAUUGUGAAAGCAGCAGUUGGGGAGCAGGCUAUAUGCAUAAUUGGCAGGGCACUUACGUGCAAGUAUUGUGUAGCUGAAAAUUUCAUGGAGAUAGAUAUAGACAUUGGAUCUUCCAUGGUUGCAAAUGCAAUUGUUCAUCUGGCAUUUGGUUACUUAACGACACUUACUGUCGAUUUAGCUUUUCUGAUUGAGGGCCAAAAUGAAUCAGAGCUUCCGGAACGGAUUUUAGGAGCUGUAAGAUUCUCUGAGUUGAAACCUGAUUCUGCAAGACCGGUUGAUUCAGAGUCUGAAGGGAGCACCAGUGAUUUGCCAUCUUCUUUGCCCACACGAUUGUGGAAGUCAAUUGGGCAGGGGUUCUCUAACCUUAUUCAUCCAGGUGCUCAGGAAACUGGCUCCGUCUCUGGCUCUUCACAUGUCAAUGGGGUUGUCGAUCAUGAAAAGAGAGACAACGAUGUAAAUGAAUGAUCAGCUAGAUGCCUUGAUGACCAUGAAUGGGUCUCCUAUUGUUUCACAUGCCCACCGUCUUCACUAUGAUUUUCAUGGCUUUAGAAUUGUUAUUUAUUUUCAAGAUAUCCAAUUGUUGGCAUUUCUUGUUAACUUUAGUCGUAUUCUGGUUAUAGUUGUAUAAUAUUCAAUUGGCAUUUCUUGUUUAACUUAGUCCUAUUCGGUUGAUUGUUACAAGAUAUAAACCAAUGGCUUUAGCUUUACUCAUGAU